ACUCAUUCACUAACAGCAGAUGCCAAGAAAAAUUAGGCGAGAGGGAAGUUGGCUGGGUCUAUGGACUCUAUGACUCUGGCUGGUGCUUCGGCAGCAGUAGCUACGAUGCUCAACGAGAUCGAAGACUUUAGCGAUUCAGAUCUUUUAGGGCUUGUGAGGGAAUCGCAGAAUAAGAAAGUAAGGGCACAACGUGCAAUAAACUUGCGCGACAUAGUCUCUAGGGGCCAAGAAUCCGUGAAAUUACCUGCAGUAGAGUGGACAAGCACGGAAGACACUGCCCGUAUCAUUCAAAUUGCUGCCCUCUGUUCAAAAGCCGUCUACGGGAAGGAACCGGGCCAGGUUGUUCCCCAGAUCCUGGGAUAUACCAUCAAAGACAGGCAUUGGAUAGAGCCCACCAGAAACGGCUCGGGAAAGGCCGCUGCUCUGUUUGAGAUCGUACCGACUGAUCCGUCAUCCCGGUGCAAGGCACUAGUCAUUGCUAUUAGAGGGAGUUCAAGUUCUAUCGACUGGCUGGUCAACUUGAAUAGCGACCUAGUUGAAUGUCCUGACUUGGUGACAAUCCCCGAGUCACGUUUGAAACCAACGCCGAAAGUGCAUCGCGGGUUCGCCAAAUGUGCUAGAACUAUCGCUCCAGGUCUGGUGGAUCAGAUAAAAACUGCCCUAGACGAGAACCAAACGCAGGACCAGGAGAUCGAAAUUGUUUUCACCGGCCAUUCUGCUGGGGGAGCCGUUGCAUGCCUCCUGUUCUGCUAUGUUCUUACCCGUCAGAUUCUAAACCUGUCUUCGAGAAAAGUGACGCUCUCUUGCGUAACUUUUGGUUGUCCUCCGUUGUUCAACACCGACAUUGACUCUCGCCUCGCCAAACUCUAUACCAGUAGCAACUUCCUUCUAGGUAACAUGCUCGCCUUCGCCAACGAUGGCGAUCCGAUUUCCCGCAUGGAUGCAGCGUAUGCGACAGAGCUUGCGCGUAUCUGGUAUCGUGUCGGAGGAAGCAAGUGCCCGCCGGCGAGCGAGUUCCCAGACUUCAAGCCACCCAAGCUACGUUUGAAUGGCCUCGGUCAAUUGGUUGUUCUCUUCGAGAAGGAACAGGAGGAGGAUGAGAACAAGGAAGACGAAGACAUUGAAGAAGAAGAGACACUUAUGGCAUGCCGGCUUAGCCAUAGUGACCUCGAACACCAGGCCUGGGCAAACGUUGCGGCGCAUCGCAUGAACCAACACGUGAAGUGGAUGACUUGUAUUGGCGACGGAUCCUUCAACGGCCGCAGGGACUGGACGGAUCACGCCAGGUGAAUCAUGAACACCCGGCCAAAAAGUCAAUGCUAAAAAGAUGCUCAGAAACAAAAAGGAUUGGAGAGAUCAAAUGAUGAGGUCCUUGCAUAUUGUCAGGCGGAGAAAACGCGCUGAGAUGCCAUCUGAUGAGAUUCCGAAGUUUAUUCCACAUGUAAUAUAUCCCAUUGAGUGCUGCAAGGCGACAAUACAUACAAGUGCGGAG